UUUUAAUAGAUACACGAUAUACAAGAUACACGAUUCAAUUCGACACAAAUAAAAAUGGUGGUUCAAUAGAUUAAAUUUCUCUGAACAAAGUUAAACUCAAAUAUUUUACGCACUUUUUUGCUAAUACGUUACACAGUAAAAAACGUUUUAAUAUUUUUACUACUGUAAAUAAUUAUCUAGCAUAAAUAUAUGGCGUGUUGCGGAAAGUUAUGUUUGACAAAUAACAGGUUGUUGAAGACACCGAUUUCGCUUUAGUUUUGUGUUUAGUGUUGUUUUUUUACUCGUAAGAGGCCAAAAUCAAGUUUCAAUAGUUCUGUGCUUAUCACAUAAAUUGCUGUAGAGAGCAAAACUGCAGUGAAGAAAGGAAAUCCACUAGAGCAUCUCGAAAAGUUCGGUUAUUUUAUUCAAUCAGCAUGUGACCCAAAUUUAUGAUUUCUCUUCUUUGUGUUACACAGUAAAAGUUGUUCCUAGAGUCCUGGAAAUAUAAUAAACUUACAAGCAAUAACCCAACCCAUGAAGACUACUAGUUAUUUGAAUUAAGUAAGAAAGUAAUAUGCAUUACAAAAGGCAUAUGUAUGUGAGGAAACUAGUCAAUGGAUAUGAUGUGGUGAAGGUAUCUGGAGAUUGAUUGAAGCAUUUUAGCAAAGAAGAGAACAAUGACACAGGAUGGCUAGUACUGAUAGAUUUAUUGUGCAGGUUUUUGUUGGUGCACUCUCUGCACACUAUGAGGCAUUAUCAGUGGAAGCCUCAAAGCAGACUAGUUCAGAAGAAAUUGUGUCAUGUAUAGCUGACAAAUUAAACCUCAGUGAUGGAUCGGGAGGGCCAUAUGAAUUGGCUGAGACUGUUGGGGAUAUAUUCAAUGGCGACGGUAAGGAGAGACGGCUUGGCCCCAACGAAUCCCCUGUCGCAGUCAUGAUGCUGUGGCCCAACAACAACUCUGAACAAUAUUGCAGGUUCUACUUGCGAGAAAAAAUACCUGACGAACCAUGGAUGGAGAAUUUCUCGGUAGACCCUCAGCUGAUAAAGGACUAUUUCCAAAGGUUUCUGUACCAGCCCAAAGAUCGAGAAUAUCCCGAUUUGUGUCAGCUACCAGAGCUCAACGAACAAACGCUGUUAGACAAUUUGAGGGCGAGAUUCGCAGCUGGAUAUAUUUACACAUAUGUUGGAUCGAUCCUCAUAGCACUAAAUCCAUUCAAGUUCUAUCCAAUUUAUAAUCCGAAAUAUGUGAAGUUGUACCAGAACAAAAGAAUAGGCUCGAGUCUUCCACCUCACAUAUUUGCUGUAGCUGAUGCUGCCUACCAUUGUAUGUUACGAGAGAGAACAAACCAAUGUAUAGUGAUCAGUGGAGAAAGUGGAUCGGGUAAAACGGAAAGCACAAAUUUUCUUCUUCAUCACUUAACAGCACUCAGUCAAAAGGGAUCACAUGGAAGUGGUGUUGAACAAACUAUAUUAAGUGCUGGACCGGUCCUAGAAGCAUUUGGUAACGCAAAGACUGCUCAUAAUAACAAUUCCAGUAGGUUUGGUAAGUUCAUUCAAGUGAAUUAUAAAGAGAAUGGCAUGGUCCAUGGUGCUGUGGUGCAGAAAUAUCUUCUGGAGAAGUCCAGAAUAUGUAGUCAAGGGCGCAAUGAAAGGAAUUAUCAUGUGUUUUAUUAUUUGCUGGCUGGUGCAUCUGAUCAGGAAAAAGAGCAACUGCAUUUACUCAGUGUAGACAAAUAUAAUUAUUUAUCGAGGACUGGUUGUAGUCUUGUUCCUGGUGUUGAUGAACAAUAUGAGUUUUCAAGGUUAAAGCAGUCUAUGGACAUGGUGGGCUUCACUAUGGACAAACGGCGGCGAUUGUUUGCAGUUUUAUCAGCUGUUCUGUUAUUAGGUAAUGUGGAAUUUCAACCGCAAAGAAAGUCGUAUCAUCAUGAUGAGGCAGUUGGCGUAAAAAACCCUGAAGUAGUCUCUCUAAUAUCUUCUCUGCUACACGUUAAACAGGAGACAUUACUAGCUGCUCUGACGUCCAAACGCGCGAGAGCGUCCGGCGAAACCCUCGUCAUUAAUUAUAGGUUGCCUGAGGCGAUAGCAACUCGGGAUGCUAUGGCUAAGUGUCUUUAUGGUGCUCUUUUUGAUUGGAUUGUGAUGCAAGUAAACCAUGCAUUACUCUCUAAGAAAGACACGUUGAGGGAACAUCAAGGCCAUAGUAUAGGUGUGCUCGACAUAUUCGGUUUUGAGGAUUUCGGCCCCAACAACAGCUUCGAGCAGCUGUGCAUUAACUAUGCCAAUGAGCACUUACAGUAUUACUUCAACCAGCACGUAUUUAAAUAUGAACAGGAAGAAUACCGACGUGAGGGGAUCCGUUGGACGGAUAUAGGCUUCUCAGAUAACACACAAUGUCUACAGCUCAUUGAGGGUAAACCGAGCGGUCUCCUCUGCCUCUUAGAUGAUCAGUGCAAUUUUCCAUGGGCAACAAAUGAAACUUUACUACAAAAAUUCAACUCUGUACAUGAAGAGAAUCCAUUUUACGAGAAGCCACAGCGGCGAGAGCCAGCUUUUGUAGUAAGGCACUAUGCCGGCAGAGUAAAAUAUCAGGUGACAGCAAUGAGGGAAAAGAACUUGGACUUGAUGCGGCAGGACAUAGUGAGCGUGCUGAAGAACUCGUCGUUGGCAUUCGUGCGAGAAUUGGUGGGCGUUGACCCGGUUGCUGUAUUUCGCUGGGCCAUCGUGCGUGCCUUCUUUAGAGGAUACUUUGCAUUUUUGGAAGCGGGUAGAAGACACCGAGUGCACAGGGUAGACGGAGCUUCAAGGUUACCGCGCGCUUCUAUCCACGCACCUAAUGAAAGCAUCGUCAGAGCCCCGCAGCGGGGGUCGCGGGUGGGCAGUACGAGCGGUCCGGCCGAGCGCAGGGCCGAGGCCCCGCGGCCCGCUAAGCAUUACAGGAGCGCGGACACGCGAGCUCGUCGCGCCGACCGCGACCGCGACGACCGCCCCUUCGACGACUCCGACGUUAUGCAGCGCGCCAGCCAGAUCGUCAUGAAAAACAAGUCAUUCAGACCACGCGAGCGAGCGAAGAAAGGACUGAAGAACUUGCAGAGCGUGAAAACGCUCGCCGGGAGGACGGCCGCGCCCACCGGCAAGCGAAAACAGCCGCUCACCGUCGCCGCGCAGUUCCAACAUUCGCUCGCCGCGCUCAUGGAAACGCUGAAUCAAGCGAACCCUUUCUUCAUAAGAUGUAUAAAGUCGAAUAGCGACAAAGUUCCGAACGUGUUCGAUGAGGAAACCGUCCAACGCCAGCUGCGAUACACCGGUAUGUUAGAAACGGUCCGCAUAAGGCAAGCCGGCUACAAUGUGCGACUCACCUACGAGGAGUUCAUACAGCUGUACAGGAUACUGCUACCGAAGGGGCUGCUCAGCUCGCAGUCAGAUGUCCGGCACUUCCUCGCAACUCUCAAUUUAGACAGGGAUAAUUAUCAAUUAGGCGCAACAAAAAUCUUUAUGCGCGAGAGCGAGCAGACGAAGCUCGAGUACCGCCUGCACCAGCAGAUCAUGGCGUCGAUCAUCGCUAUCCAGCGCUGGUUCCGCGCCGUGCUCGAGCGCCGCCGCUUCUUGGCGCUACGCCGCGCCUCGCUCCUCAUACAGGGCUACUACAGGCAAUGGCAAAUGACCCGAAAUGAAGCAGCAACGAAAGUUCAAGCUUGGUUCAGAGGUGUUCGAGUGCGGUUAUGGUACCUGAGGCUAAGAAAAGCGAUAGUGACGUUCCAAGCGGCCGCCCGUGGCUACCUCCUCAGGAAAUCCUUGCCCAAACCAACGCAACCGCUUCCGCUACCUGGCGUCAAAACAGAGCAUGACAGUAAGACAGUGCUUGAAGAUAUAGAAGAUGAAUUUUUUAAGAACCGACCACCCAGUCUGGAAGAGCUUAAGAAUAUUAUUGACAUACAGCUGGAUAUGCUGAUACAUCGCGAAGUGGAAAAUAUGAAUAUGAGACAGCUACGAGCUACGCAGUCUCUGCCUAUAGCAAGUUUGGAGAAGAAACGAGAUGUAUACACAAAUUCCGGUGCCACGCCCUAUGAGUGCAAGGGUGAAACGUUUUCGCAAAUUAGAGCCAUCAAGCAGCAACAUCAUCCAAAUGAAAUUAUAACAGAACAAGAGACGAAAGCACCGCUCGAAAGGAAAACGUGGAACGCUAAAGCGGGCGUAGCCGUGCCGAACAUGAUCACCGCAGAGGACCUCGCCGACGAACUGGUGUGGCUCAGGAUAGAUCAAAACUACAUUAUAGCUAAUAAGAAAAAGUCGUCAGAACCAAAUAUAGGGGAGUUACUGGACCGAAAUAUCGACAAUGGCAGUCAAACAGAAAAUAACGAGCCGACAAAAAGUAGCAGUUCAAGACGGAGCUCCCCGCAAGUGUACCAGCGCAGCGCGUCGAGCACGAAGCUGGAGGCGGCGGCGGGCGCGCUGCACAGCCUGCCGCCCGUGCGCCGCGACCCGCGCGACCACCGCCCGCACCGCCACCACGCGCCGCUCGCCGCCGCCGCCAUCGCCACCACCACACCCACCACACCCACCACACUCACCGCCGCCGCCAGCGCCGCCACCGUGUGUGCGGCGACGGCGGAGAGCACGGGCUCGACGGCGCCCGCGCCGCCCGCCCGCGCCGCGCGCCGCUGCUCCCGAGCACCGCAGCCCGACGCCGUCGACGCCUCGCAUCCGCUGCCGGACCUCCUCGACAUCAAAAGAGCGUCGGAGCUGGUGCCGGGCGGCGCGUGCGCGGCGGGCGCGGGCGCGGGCGCGGGCGCGCUGCGGCGCCGCAACUCGGACCCGGCGCCCGGCGAGCCGCGCGCGCCCGACCCGCGCUCCUCCGACUACAUUGGACAAACGGGGAACGGGCUCUUUCGAAUCGCCGGACACAGGUUUCGCAAAGGAUCAAGAUUUGCAAAAGACGACAAAUGCGUAUAUUGUCACCAAGCGAUCGACGCAUUUAUCACACAAGGGCAACGAUGUAUCGACUGCAAGCAAUUGUACCAUACAAAGUGUAUACAAAACAAGGGCGUGAUCACUAUGCCUUGCACUAGUCCCGUCGCGGGCGGCCCUAGGGCCCGAAACAAAAAUAGAAAACGAAACAUGUUGAAAGAGUCCAACCAUUAUAGUAUGCUCGCAGACCAGUCCAAAGGGCCAGUCAGUUCUAAUUUCAAUUUAACAGGAACCUCCGAGUUCAUGGAUAGGACUGAUAAAAUUAUAUCGGACGCGACUGAGUUGCAAGCAAUGCAAAACUUUAUCGCAAAGAAGAUUUAUCAAAUGGGAUCGUCAGACAACGAGAAACAGUCAGAGGUCGAUAGAGUUUUCAAACAUGCGCUAAAUGAGUUUAAAGACAACCUAGUGGCGACAUACAGUGUAGUAGAGACCAGAGGUUCAGCUCUCAAAUACAAAGAUCUCAUUGGGAACUUCCUACACGUGAUGGAGACGGUGUGUGCGCGAGAAGAUUCCACAUUAAACAUAACAAUGGGAGUCAACGCUUUCAGAGGUUUCAUGGAUGAGUUUAUGAGCCAACAUGAAACAGACAAAGCAAGAACGAAGAGGAAAAAGGAUAAAAAACGAAAAGUUGACGACCCUAUACAAUUCAAGGGACAUACUUUUAUUUUGUCAAUGAUUAACAUUCCUACUGAAUGUGAGAUCUGCAAGACAUUCUUCAUGUGGCCUAUUGAGCGCUCUCUAAUUUGUCAAUCGUGCAAACUUGCAUCACAUAAAAAGUGCUACAUGAAGGUAACAAGUCAGUGCCGUAAGGACUCCGGGUCGCGGUCUGCCGCCAUCGUAGGCGCUGUGGGAGCGGGCGGUCGCGAACAACUUGGCCUAUUGCCCAGGGGGAAGGUAUUUGGCGUGCCGCUUAGUGAGUUGCCGACCGGAGAUAGCAACAUACCGAUAGUAGUGGAUCGGCUAAUUACGACUAUUGAAAUGACUGGUCUCUACACAGAAGGGCUCUAUAGGAAGAGUGGACUUAGUUCGAAGGUGCGCGAGCUCCGUCGGUUACUUGACGAACGGCCGGCAGAGGGCGUGGAGCGGCUGGACUCGUUUGCGGUGCACGUACGCGCUUCAGUUCUCAAGGGAUUCUUCCGCGAGCUGCCCGAGCCGCUGCUCACCUUCGACCUCUACGACGACUUCAUCCUUGCCGCCGAGAUCUCCGACCCGCAGGAAAGGGUAUCAAGUAUAUUCACGAUAUUAAAGAAGUUGCCUAAACCUAACUUCGAUCUAGUGGAACGAUUAAUAUUUCACUUAGCCAGAGUAGCGCUGGGCGAAGAUCAUAAUAGGAUGGGACCGAACGCGCUGGCGAUCGUGUUCGCGCCGUGCAUCCUGCGCACGCACAAGGUGCAGCCCGCACAAGACUCGCUGCACGACAUCGCGCGCCAGACUGCCUGCAUCGAGGCCAUCCUGCACGACAAGAUGCGCACCGUGCGCGGUAUGCUGCAAGAUAUCGCGACGCUGGACACGGCGUGCCACACGGCCACUAACCGCCUGUCGUCGCUGCGGACGUUGUCGCAGUCAGCCGCGCCGCGACCCGAGGAACAGAUCCUUGUCGGCCACAUCCACGAAAUACAGAAGGAAAAGGCCAUCCUCACGUCCAACCUGCCCACUCUCAUCAGAGCGACGUCCGACGACGACCUGCUGUCUACGACGGAUCACGACGGCGAGUUUGGCAGUUCAGACGACCUGAGCGCCGGCGCCGCAUCGCUGCGCUCCCAGCGUCUGUUACAUCGCCAGCUCUCCUCAGACGACCCUAUCAUGGUGUAAUGACGCCACCGCCACCGCCGCUACUGCACCACCCCGCCAUCCCACCUAUCCAUCACUCAUUCAACAAGCCAACCUGACUAUCCGUCACCCAGACAACCUGCUUAUCCGUUACCUAGCCAAUGUACCGAUUCGUGACCAGUACAAUCUACCAAUUCGUCACUCAGCCGACCUGCCUAUUCAUAAUUCAGCCUACUUGCCAAUUCGUCACCCAGCCAACUUGUCAAUCCAUCAUCACAUCAAUAUGCCAACUCAUCAACUUACCGCCAAUAAAAAUAUUUACAUAGUGCUAUUCUCACAAUGCAAUAUAACUAUGACUGAUGUACAUAGAAUACCAAUUCUUGCGUACAACUUGAUUAUUGUAAGUUUGCACAUCAUAUCGAUGACGUCGUGUCAACACUUGGCUUCUGUUAUUUUUUAUAUACACUACUAUUGGACACCAGCAGCCUGUCUUAUGGUCGGGUCAAUUAGUCAUGUUUACAUUUUAAUCAAGUUCUGUUGAAACAGGCUGUAAUGUUCCUCAUCAGUUCCUGUAAGUGUAAACUUAAUAUGACCGAGUUGUACGAUGUUGAUACAUAAACACCUACAUUUCUAAUGUUAUUAAUUCUCAGAAUAGGAUAAAGCAUUACUAUUAUAAAGCGUUAAGUACGAGUGGUAUUCUACAAUAGGAGGCCCCAUCUCAUAAAUCAUCAGAUAACUAAAUUAUCCGCCUGUGAUUUUAAAAAACUAAUAUUAAAAUACUUGUUGAUAGAUUUCGAGUGAUUUUCAUGUUUUUUUUUUUUUGUAAUAAAUUUAUUAUCAGCAAUAAUAUUUCUAAUUGUUGAGCAUUAUUAUAAUGUCAAUCUAUUGCAAUGUUUAUACGACCAUAACAUUAAUACAUAUCCCUAUUGUAGAUGUUUUGAAACGGUCAUUCAUUUAUGGUAUUUUACCUUUGUUUUGUAAUUCUAAACAAAGAAAAAGGCCUCUUAAGAGAUUUUCUACUAAAAAUUAUGUAGGGUCGGAAGAAAAUAUAGAAAAGGUGAAAAACAUAAUUUUGCUAUAGACAAUUCGUGAACAUUUAUUCUACUUGAAAAUGAAAGAAAGAUUUAUGUAAUUCAGCAUUCCAAGAUUUUAUCCCAAAAGAAUAUCUUUAUUCCCCGUCCUUACAGUAAACGUAAGCGAUCUUAAGCUGUUGAUGCUGAUUUACAGUAUAGAAAAUAAAAUAUAUUUUAACUAACAUUUUUAAUAUGUAGACGGACUGUUUUCAGAAACAACAUUUUAAAAGUAUAAUCUUCCAUAUCGAUAAAGAGUUUAUUGUGUAGAAAUCUCUAUAAAAUAAUUAUAAUUAUAUUAAUAGAGACAGGUGUGCAUUUAAUUUUUUCGUGAACGACAUUGACUUAUUUAAUAUCUUCAACUUUAAUAUAAACAAACCAGGUAGGCAGAAUAGGAAUUGAAAUUUUAAAUACUUAUUUUCUAAUUUACCAUCUAAUCACUAUGAUGUUAUUACUUCUAAGUAAUAAAUAAUAUAUAUAAAGUUUUAAAUUAUCCAUGAAAGAUCUUCAUAAACUGUAGCUAGGAACCAUCUUUAUCUCGUCAGCUUUCAAAUAAAAAACCUCAUCAUAUUCGGUCCGUUCGUUUAGGAGCCAUACCAUAAAUACGCCAUACUUGAACAACUUUCUUUUAGUGUGUCACUUUUAGUAUGUUAAAAAACUUAAACAUACUAAUAGUAAUACAUUGAAGUGCACUUUAAUAAAAUUUUUCACUAUACAGUUUCCGUAAAUUUAUUGUGUAUGUAUAUGUAUAUUUAUUUACUUUCAUUUAUAUAUGCAUACCUUGUCCAUGAUUGAACGAUAUAUGAUUUAUUCGUUUUAAAUAUAAAUAAUUAUUUAGAAUUCGAUUUAGCUUAUUUUUAUUUGAUGUUAUAGUUGUUGAUAGACAUACUCGACGUUGUUACUGUGUUAAGUCUUCUUGCCGUUGAUAGCUCGAUUUGGAAUGAGUAAUUGAAAUUAAAUUAUAUUUUAAGAUGAUAUAUUGUUGCUCUGUAUAGAAAGGCAAGUGUGGACGACGCCGAAAAUGCUAUUAUCUGAUAUAUACUAUUAUUGUACUUAAAACCUAUGAGCUUAUUCGUGUAGAGUACUGAGGCUACACCCUAUUUCUGGUACUUUAGACAGAGAAUGCGCAUUUGAACAAUAAUAUUUUAACAUAAUACGACAUAGAGUAGAUGGAUAACUCCUUGAAAACGGCUUGUUUUCAACCGACUUCAAAAAGAAGGACGUUCUCAAUUGGGUUAUAUUUUUUUUUUUGUUACCUCGUAACUCCAUCAGUUCUAAAUGAUUUUGAAAAAUUAUUUUUAUCUGAAAGGAUAUACUUACAAAUAAAAAUCGGUUCAAUUGAUUAGUUUUUAGAUUAAAAUAACUGGUAUUGUCACAACUGAAGUCGGUUUUUGUGAAACAAACUUUAUAUUACUACAAAAUAACAAAAAGGGCCCUUUGACAUCUGAUUCCGAGGCAUUCGUCCUAUUAAGUUUAAAUAUUCAAAAUCCAUAUGCGUUUGAAAGCUUUUUAGACUAAAGAUUUAUAACCUGUCUACCUAGUAAAAUAUCAUUACUGUCAUGUUUUACGAAAAAUGUUUUUGAAAAGUACUAAUUGAAUGUGAUAUUAUAUUUUACAAAAAAUGAUUAAGUAUUAGAAAAAUCUGGUAGUAAUUUUAAUUUACUCAGUAUAUAAUAGACUGCGAGGUAACACAAUGAGUGAAAAGAUUUUUGACCUCAAAUUCUACAAAAUUUGCCUAUAAAUAUUCGAUUAAGAUUCUAAUGUUCACGGUUAUGCUGUCUUUACACUGAUUCAACAUAGGCUCGUAAUGUGACGGCAAUUAUGCCGUAAUUUGAUCAAAAGUAAUUUAAUUAAUUUUUGAUUAAAUUAUAGUUUGUUGAAAAUGAUGUUUUGUCUCAAUAUUAUUAGCCCUCUCUUACAGUUCUUAUUCAUGACAGAGUUGUAUGGCUUUGAGGUAUUUUGUUCAAUAUUAUACCUAUAUUUAUGAUUAGAUUUUUAUCAGAGUAAGGAUAUGUUUGUACUGGGAUGAAAAAUUUCUCUGAAGCGGUUGACUAGUCCUAUCCGCCUCUAUAAAAUUAAAGCGCAUUUGAAGCCAGAUUUUUAUUCGAAGAAUUUAUGUUCCUUGAAAGGGUAUGUAACUGUACAUAAGAUACGAUUUAUUCUGAAUAUCCACUCUAUAAAAUAUGCACUCAAAAUAUCGCGAGUAUUUAGAUUUGCUAGAGCUGCCAAUCUCUUACUGAUAACAGACUUGUUUUGAUCGUUGAACUGGGUUUCAUUAUUCACGAGUAUACUGGGCUCGGGUCUGAUUUCUCUAUUCACCAUGGGUGAUGUGGCUUGUCGAUGGUAUUUUAUUUAUUUGUGUACAAGGGACUAUACUAUGCGAUCUUUAACUCUGCCUAUCUUUCUCAUUAUUAGCAUAAUUUUAUAUUUUAAAAUAAUCCAUAUGUUUAAAAAAUAUUCACCAUUUAUAAUAAUCGGCAAUUUAGAUAUCUAUAGUCACAAAACUGAAAAAAAUACCAUGCUCAUUAUUAUCAUUCAUAUUAUUCAACACCUAUUUUUAAUUAUAUAUAUUCGUUCCUUAUAGUUGCUUUAUAAUUUACUGUUUUUAUAUUCAAAAAGACUGUCUACUGAUAAGCUUAAAUUUAUCGUUAUGUAAGUCACAAAUAUUUUACCUGCUCUUAAAUUAGUUUGUAACUUUUACUGUCAAAAACAACGAAUAUCUCUGUGAAAUCAUUAUAUGCUUAUAAUUAAUGAACUUCUAUGCGAAAUGGCAUAACAUAGCUCAAUAAAUUAAGUGACAAACAAUGUCUAAUAAUAUUCUUUUUAGCUUUUUACUUUAAUCAAUAUAAUCAUACAAAAAGUAUAUGAAUAAUGAAAUAAUUAUGAAUUAAAUAUACUUAUUUAAACAAAAACGCUCUUUAUAUGUAACAUUUUCUCGCAAAUGUAAUUCUUAAGCGAUCGAGUCUAACAAAACCAAUUUCCAAAUAACCAAUAAUUCUGCAGGCUACUCUCCAUAGUUCGCAAAGAUUGUCUCAUGAUCUGCAGUGAUUAUUUGAUUUCUGUUAGACUUUGUUGUUUCGGAGACUGCUUUUCUGGCAAUAAAAUUAUCUUCAAUUGUGAUUUUAAACUUUGAAAAUAUUAUGAAAGUAUGUAUAAUAUAUACGCAUAUAGCAUAAGCAUAUACAGAUGCCGAUAAUGUUCUGCAUUGCGAAUGAAAAUGUUUAGUUGUAUUUAUUGGGGUUGUGUCGCAGUAAUCUACUGUAUUUCUGUGCCUUCAACUAGUUUGCUUUCAGCAGUCCAUGUCUAAGAACGUUCAGCUGUUAGUUAACUGUUGUAAACCUAACUAUAGUGCUCUUAUAAGACCCGUAGUACUUACUAUUAAUAUGUAUCUAUUGAUAGUCUGCUUUGAAAUAUUAUUUUAUGGUAGUGAUUCGAUUAAUUAGACAAAAUUGAGAUUUUUCCAUCAUUUUAAUCACUCUUGAGAGGAACUCAUGAUAAAAAUAUAUCAUAAUUAUUAUUUUUAAAGAUUUAAUUAAGCGUGCAAUCUGGUAAUUUAAACACUAGAAGUGUAUGUAGAUAGUUGACGAGUUCCAUGCAAGAAUUCUGUAAAUAUAAUUAGAUACUAUAAUAAAAUCCAUAGGAAUACUUGUUCAUGUUACUUCCUAAAUUUCUAUUUUUAUUUAUGAAAGCAUUUGAAGUUGUAUUUGUUGUUACGUUACAAAAUUGAAUUGUGUAACAACCGGUGCCUAAUCAUUUUGUCUAUAAAACCUAGGAUUAUUUUUUAUUUGUUAAAUUUUACCCAGUAGUUGAUUAGAAUGUAAUAAGUAUCCUUAAAAAGAUACUGUGUUAGAUCUGUUGACAUAAUAAUGUUAAAUUGUAUAAUAAUACCUUGUGUGAAACUCUGUAAUUGAUAUCUUUUGAAGAGAUCAGUUGAUCGAAAUCUGUUCAAAAAUCUAUUAGGGUUACCGUUUUGUUAUGGUAGUUGAUAAUAAGACGAUUAUAACAAAAGUGAUGGAAUUUUUACAUGAUAUUAUCUGAUAUUCCUACUAUAUAGAGAUGCCUCUCUGUUUACUAUAAAUCUAUAGUUGUAUCUGCUAAGGACCAAUACUAUAUUAUACUGUUUACAAAUUGCCGUCGUGUACUCAUAUGUAGGUAUGUAUGUUAUCGAUUUGAGAUUUCGUACAAUUAUCGUUAAUGAAUCUUGUAUUAUAUUAUAAACAUGUAUAUUGUUCAAUUUAUUUUUAGGACUCUAUAAUAUUGUCAAUAUAAUGAAAUGUAACCAAAACAUUGUACUGUAUACAAUAUAAAAAAUAAACAAUUGCUGUGGAUAUA